CAAUUAUUGGGACGCGCGCCCUGAAUGAUCACGAGUGCUGCCGGUCUUCUGAUCGUCCUUCAACAUCAUCCUUGCAUUUCUACAGCACGUUGUGUCAUGGAGGUCCUGUGAACGGGGAGGAUGUGAGCUAGUACUCCCCUGCAUGGCCCCAAAGAGAAGGAGUCGUCCGUAUACGCUGUUACUCGCAGAUCGGCGCACGAAGGGCAGGCGAGCGGCAGGAGACAAGACGACGGCUUGACCCAUCUUCCCAAAAUGCUGACUACGCGCGCCACAGAACUGACUCCGGUCCCUAUCGGCGGUGGAGGGAGAAUGAAGAACACCCUCGCUGAGCCUGUAGAAAUCAAGGUAGUUAUUGAUAGCGGCACCCCUCAGAGCCCCAGGGAGCCCAUACAAGUGGAAGCUCCUGUAGAGCAGCAACCUGUGGUGCAGCUACCCGACAAGCACGCCGAGCCUCCCGGAGUGAAACCGCGGAAGGACCCGAAACGGCCGUCAAAACUGAAGGUACCGACGAAGCAGGAGAUGAAACAGGAAAACCUCAUAAAUGGCUCAAUGGCAAAGAUGCAACAAGAGACGAAAUCGGCUCCUGCUACACCUAUGGUCACGCCAUUCCGUACGCGGCAGAAUGCGAAGAUCUCCCGCACGAGUAUGGGCAAGCCUGAUAUUCCUCGGUCCCUGGGAUAUAGAAUCAGGAAGAGGUUCCUUUCACUGUUCUAUCCAGCUGACACCAGACUUUCGUUGAAACUUUUUGGGAGCAAGAAAGCACUGGAGAAGGAAAGAGAGAGGCUGCUGGAAUCGGGUGUUUGGAUCAUACACCCUUACAGUCACUUCAGGUUUGUGUGGGACUUCAUCAUGCUGCUACUCCUAACAGCGAAUCUGGUCAUACUCCCCAUCAUCAUAUCCUUCUUCAACGCAGAGAUGCAGACGCGGUGGAUAAUCGUCAACUGCCUGUCAGACGCCUUCUUCCUCAUAGACAUUGUCCUGAACUUCAGAACCGGCAUCGUGCUACAGGACAUGGCGGACGUCGUGUUGGACCCGAAACAAAUCAGAAAACGAUACUUCAAGAGUUGGUUCGUGGUCGAUCUCCUAUCCUCUAUUCCGUUAGAUUUUAUUUUCUUGAUCAUCAACGAAGGCAUACAGCCCGAUCUGUACAAACUGUCGCGUUCCCUCCGCAUCCUGAAGCUGGCCAAGAUCCUGAGCCUGUUAAAGCUGCUGCGGCUGUCCCGACUGGUCCGAUACGUGCGCCAGUGGGAGGAGCUUCAAAUGUAUUUCAUGCAGAUCUUCAACUUUGCAAGUGCCGUGAUCCGCAUCUUCAACCUGAUUUGCAUGAUGCUGCUGAUUGGGCACUGGAACGGUUGUCUACAGUUCCUGGUUCCCAUGCUGCAGGACUUCCCAGAGGAUUGCUGGGUAACCAAAAACGACUUGGUGGACGCCCACUGGGCAACUCAAUACACUUGGGCUCUAUUCAAAGCCAUGUCGCACAUGCUCUGCAUCGGAUAUGGCAAGAGACCCCCGGAGAGCAUUACAGACCUGUGGCUGACCAUGGUCUCCAUGAUUUCAGGAGCAACAUGUUUUGCUCUGUUCAUCGGUCACGCCACAAACUUAAUCCAGUCAAUGGACACGUCUCGAAGACAGUACCAGGAAAAGUUCAAGCAAGUUGAAGAAUAUAUGCAGUACAGAAAGCUGCCCGUUCAUCUGCGCACAAGGAUUCAGGACUACUACGAGUACCGGUACCAGGGUAAAGUGUUUGAUGAGGAUAACAUCCUGGAGGAACUUUCCAUACCACUCAGAGAGGAAGUGAUCAACUACAACUGUAGGUCCCUUGUGAAAGCAGUACCUUUCUUCGCCAAUGCUAACCCAGAGUUUGUCACCGAUGUAGUCACCAAGUUGAACUAUGAGGUCUUUCAACCUGAUGAUUUUAUCAUCCGGGAAGGUUCCUUCGGUGAUAAGAUGUAUUUCAUUCUUGGUGGAACAGUGGAUGUGCUAACAGCCGACGGUGAGGUUGUUACCACGUUGCAGGACGGCGCUUACUUCGGAGAAAUUUGCCUACUGACACGGGAAAGACGGAUGGCCAGCAUCCGAGCAGAAACUUACUGCAAUCUGUUCUCGCUCCACGUCGACCAUUUCAACGAAGUGUUGCGGGAAUACCCCAAAAUGCGAGAGCACAUGGAAGAGGUGGCACAGGAGAGACUCAGCAGAAUAGCACAGAGGAAUAAGAAAAUAUCAACACCCCCAACUACGUAUGGCAAAUCUCACAGCAAACUGAGUCGGAGUAACCUGAGCCUGUGUGCGACUCCCAGCGGAUCCGGCGGCCCCAGCGUCCCGCCGAAGGAGGUCAUCACGGUACCUAAGUACAAGACCAUCAAAAUCAUACCGACGGGGGAUGUGCUAACGAUUGACAUUGACGACCCAGAGGACGAGUACUCAAAGCCAUCUUGACCAAGCUGAGAGUGAAGCCAUAAGUUAGAGAGCCAUGUUGAUGUAUAGAUGAUAUCCCAGGGAUUAGUCUUUGGCAGUCACUGUGAAUGUAGGAUGAUGUCCGAAGCAAAUGCUGUCCAACUGUCUAGAACGAUGUGUAUAGUGUAUGCUAAAUGUAAGAUACUAAAUCUAUGCUGUCUUCUUUGGUUGCAUGUAAAUUAACGGUAAUGUAGAUUAUAGUUUAGAAGUUGGAGGAUAAAAGACGAGAAGAAAUACAUAUGGACUACAUGUAACUGGACUUGAUUCCCAUGUAAAUCUGUUUAUACUAGUCCUACAUUACGCUUUUUGAAAAAUCAGUCAAUGGUCUUAUACAUAUUGCAAAAGGUGGCUAUCUAUGUGUGUUCAAUAACCACUGGUUUAGAGGUGACUUACCUGUACAGACCUCACAUACCGGAUAUUUCUUUGCCAUGAACACCAUACAAUGUUACAAAAAGGUACAUGUACAUGUAUUGUAAAUUAGUGUAAAGCAUUUUUGUGAUCAAGACACAUUGCAUACAUGUCUGUAGAAGAUAUAGAGUCUCCCUGGGAUGAAGUUUUAUCUUUAUUGUUUGGAAGGUAAUUGAGGGCAGAUACGCAAUGAGAUGGAAAAAUCCAUGGCUUCGCCCUUGAAUUUUAUGUCAUGAUGUCACAAGACAUGGAUAAAUGUUUCCUGUGUGUGUAUUGGCACAUGCAGUUAUUCUGCAGGCCAAGGCAGGAUGGUGUUGAGAACAAUGAUCUUUGAGGAGUAUGUGACUACAAACUACAUUUGCUGGAAAAAAAUUAUCUUUUUUUGAUGAGCUUUCUAGCAUCUUUGUUAUGCCCACCCCGACAAUACCUAUCUGUGUUUUUACUAUGUCGUCUCCUGAGCAUUAGCAUGUGCCGUCCUUAUGUCCAGAGUUAAGCUAAUGUAGACAUCUAAGCUGAAUACACAAGGUCAUUGCUGUGUAAAACUUUGUAGUGAACUACAGAGAACACGUAACAUUAUAACUAGCAUAUCAAAAGUUUCAGGGACUAAUAAGCCAGCAGAUACCACUUGGUUGGUUGGUUGUUAAGCUGUUGUGAUAAGGCUAUCUGUAGCAUGUGUCUGUUAGUAUAUUGGAAUGCUAACAUAUUACUAUUAGGAUGUACAUGUAUAUCAAUGGUGCACAGGACUUACCAUGGGUAACCCAUCACCAGCAGAUUAGAUAUAUCUCUACUAGGACUGCGUAUCAGAGCCAGUACCAUGAAAAAUCCAAACUGUGAAAUUCAAUGUAACAUUAACAUCAUAGUUUAAACGGAUGCCAUAAUACCACCACAUGCAGUGUGAUUUAAAGAGAUGUACAAAUUCAGCAUCAGUAAUCCUGAGGUAUAUACACUUCUGAUAUUUAGGUGUUCAAGACAACCUUGAAACCUCCUCAGUAACAAUGUUUUUGGAUGUGGCAGUAUUAUGACACCUGUUGGAAUUAUGAUAGUUGAUGCCCACAAAUCAAAUCAAACAUUUUAGCUCAUGUUUGAUUCUAGGAUCCUUUGCGAGAGCAGGUUCUUUGCACAGGAUACCAAAAGUCCUUGAACGUAACAUUCUGCUUACUGUUUCUAUUAUCAUCGAAGACCAUAGGUUACUUUGUUAAAUCAUUUAAUUACAUGUCUGGACCUGUACCUUAAACCUCAUGUUACCUUUAGCUACACAGCCCUAAUCUCUACUCAUUUCAAAUCUGAUUUAGAAAAACUGCAAGCAGUCAAAAUCAAAUUGAGUUUCUACCAUGAUUUGAGGCAGAAUAAAAAAGAAACAUUUUGUGAAAAAAAGUUGAACUGACCUCUCUUCACCUAGUUACAGAGAGUCUACCAUUAAGUGGCAUGUACCAUGUAUCAAGGAAGAUUUAAAGUCAACAUAUGUGGUUGUGCCUUACCUUCAUCACUGAUUUGUUUGGCUUUAUGGAAAAUCUACAUGAAAAUGUGUCCAUACUGACUCCAAGAUCACAAUAAUAAAAGUAAAAAUCUUAACGAUCUCUGACUUAACAAAAGGUUUUCAGGUUUUAUUUAUUAUAUAUUUAUACUACAAAUCAGAAGUAAGACAAUUUCAUUUCAUUUAUAUAUUUACCCAGGAACGACAUGUUGCCACUAGGGCGGGUUUCAAUGCGCCCUGCAAACAUUAAUAUAAAACAAUGGUUCAAAUCAAAGAGAUGUGUAAUGUUUACCAUUUAUCUAAUCUGCUGUGUGUGCCAGAACCUCUCCUGCAGGACAGGGGGACAGAAGUGACAACAGUCCUUAAGUAUGUAUGCUGUGAAUAUGCAAUUAGUAGUCAGGUAACAAGAGCCGAACUCUAUGGAGAUCUAUCUAAAAAUAUGCAAAUUGCUAGACAGGAGGCAAGGUAUAGACUUUCUUUAGACUACUGUGUAUAGUGCCUGGACAAACACUUAGAUGCAAGACCUCUAUUUGCACAGUUAAUCUUCAGUACAUUUUCUUUGAAUAGAUUGAGGACAUCCAGGGUUAUACCUGGGCAAUGUGUUUAAGUAAUGUCUGCAUUUUAACCUGUGUUAUGUACAUGUU